CAAAGAUGGAGUCGAAGAAAGAAAGAAAAAAUUCCAAUUUUUGAUAAAAAUCGCUAAAUCAUCGGAAAUCGUGCGGAUCAUAGACUGUCGCAACUAUGGAGAACUGGGAACAAGGUUUGACAUCCCCACCCCCAGGAAAUCCCCAGCCAAUGGAGAGUGACGAUGAACUGGUCGCGGAAGCGCCACUCCCCAGCAUCGGUGCGGUCAUGCCAGCUGUGCCGAAACCGGAGCCUCGUACGGCCGUGUUGUUGAAUACCCAUGCGGAGUUGGUGGCAGAGCGUGCAGCAGAGGCUAUGGUUGAACAUGCGAUCAGUAAUGGUUCCUCUGUCCCGAGCGACCAAGAAUUAUGGCACUCGGCCGAAGAAGACAUUGACGUCGUGUCCGUGGACUCGCAACAGGGGUCCAAUCAAGGCUACUCUGGCAACUUUGUAUUCCCCAUCGCGUCGCCGACUGAUUUCACGCUUCCUGCUUUUACGUCUCAUCGCCUGUUUGCCGAACCCCAGAAUGGCGAGCCUCAAGCCUGCAACUGCGCUGCGUCGAAUACGAACUUGAUCGUUCCGACCGCAUGUGAUGUCACCAGGGAGUUCAAUUUUACGCCGACGGAGGCGUGGGUCGGGGCUCCGGGAAUUGGUAACGGCGCAGGAGACGGGCAACAUUCGGCAAACUGUCGGAAAAAUCAGGCGCGGAAUCUGGACCAUGUUGUGAAAAAAUCGUCUGUGUCGGUUCUCGAUUCUGAUUGGUCGGUGCAAGCGUCGACGAGUGAUGUCCCAGCGCCACCUCCUAACGGGCGGGAUCCUGUCAGCAUUUUGAUUAACGACAGUGAUUCGGAGUUGGAUGUUGACACAGAGGCGCAGGCCGAGGGAUACAGUCAUCGUUUCUUACCGCCUGUUGCUGACAAGCCGACGGCGCCCUUCCCGAAAAAAAAAUGGAUGUCGAUUGCCAUGCAGCAGGGAAGGAGUAACUCUGUAAACGCUGAACAGGGGGCGCUGUCCUCCAGGUCCUCACCUGAAGGCAUGGACUAUAUGUUAUCAAGUCCUGGAAUGGCGCCGCCUAAUGUUCAAAUGUCGGACCGACAUAAAAAAACCACAACUCAGUUUGUUUCCGUUCGAGAUCACUAUUCGGAUUCGCCACAGGCAGCAUCUGUCGGUAACCAUGGUAACUUUGCCAGUAGCCUUGGUAACAUGGUCGGUAACCAUGGUAACAUCGUCGGUAACCAUGGUAACACGGUCGGUAACCAUGGUAACAUUGCUGUUAGUCACGUCAACAUUGAUGAUACUCUGGUAUUUGGUGAUGAAGGCGAAGGACAUAGUCCGAUUGGUGCUGAGGGUGGUCUGCUAGAGGCGCCGCCUAUAUUUGGUGGCUUUAAACGGGAGCGGUCCGAUUCGGAGGAAUCAGGUAGUCAGAUACGCGGGAAAGUUCCAUGUUCGGAUAAUUUAAAUAGUCAAAAACUUAAGAAACCACACAAACAUAACCUGCAUGGGAAAAGUGCUUUCAAGACGGAAAAAUCGGCAUUUACACGUUAUUCUACCGGUAACCAAGGCAACAGUAGUCGCCAUGGCAACCAUAGUGGUCGGGAUGGAAACAGUGGGGGUGGCCAGUCGCAUUUUAGUCGUGGAUCGGAUUCGCAGCGAGUGGAAACCGAGGGCGGUAUGGCGAGCAUGUUGCAAAAUGUAAACAUUGUGAGACCAAAAGCAGUGAAAGUUCAACCGGAUUCGACGUCUGCUCGCGGGAAGUCUGUUCAAAUACAACUGGACUCGAGUACACAUUAUUCCGGUAAAGCGAUGAGGAUGGAACCAGACUCUAGCUCGGUGCAAUCGCGUGUUGGUUCAAGCGCGACGAGCGCUUUUGCGAGUGCUUCACGUGAUGUUGUGGAGACGUAUGAAGAUGCACCCCCGAGUUCGUCAGAGGAUCACACAGCACGUGCUUUAACUUCCAAUAAUUCAGUUGCUCAAUCUACUUAUAUGUGUCAAGGUCAAGGCCAGGAAAAUGGACAGGGUGGUAACCGUGGUUACGGUAACUUUGGUUACCAAGAACAGCGCACAGAUGAGGCACCGGCGACGGGGGCCGCAAUGUAUCAACUUAGUAAUCAUCUAGGUCAAUAUCCUCAUCACCAUGGUGACCGGAGUAACCAUAGCAACCGUGGUAAUUCCCAUAGCAACCGUGGUAGCUCCCAUAGCAACCAUGGUACUAACCAUGGCAACCAGGGGAUGCAUUUCCAUUUUGUUCAACCAACUUUGAAUCCGGAGCCUGGGACGAGUUCUAUGCAUCGGAGUAUAUGUUGCCAUGGCAACAACAGCAAUCGUUCUUCCCACAAUUCAGUGCACCAGCAUCCAAUGGCGUCUGGCGGGGCGAAUAUGUUUGAUCGACAAUCAGGGAGACAGAAUAGCGUUGGGCUGGAUCUAUCGAUGUCGUCAUCAUCACGAGGUCAAGGUUCUCUCGGCCUGCCCCAGGGGGCACCACACGAGGAGCCGGUCACGAUUACGUCAGAUGAUAGCGAUAUUGAAGUCGUCGACAUCAUUGUCAAAAGGUCGAGAAGUCGCGGUACCGGACUGCCAUCGAACCGAACAGCAACAGUCGUUGUGGACUUGACGGAAUCGGACGAUGAUGCUACCCACAAUGCAACUGGACGAGUCCAGCUCGCCAACACCAGCAACUCUUGUACCUGUGCACCGACAGGAACAACCUUGUCCCCAAUAACGCACAGCCGACCUCAUCUCAGCCACGUCCGUGCGUCACCGAUGACGUUUACGCAUUCGCCUCACCGAUUCCACCACACGCAUUCGCCGCAGCCGGCGCACGUUAGCAGCUGCAGGUUCCAGAAUGAACACGCGCCAGGGAUGGCGAGGGGAUCGUGUGGAAGGAUGGAUUACAGCCGUGGCUCUGAUCAAAUGAACUGUACAUUCCACCAAGACUCCACGCAGCUACCAUCGUGUCGUCUACACACCCCUAUGGGAAUGAACCCGCAUAACAUGGGCACGCAACCUCCAUGCAGUGGAGACUGUCUCCACCCUCCGCCUCCCCUCCAUCACCACCCUCCACAGGCGCAUCACCACCCUCAUCCCCAGGUGCCGCAACCCCCGCCGCUCUCGUCCUCAGCGAUCAUAACCUCGCCCCUAGGACAACACUUCAGCCUCGGGCCGCCGCAAUUCCGACUGAUGACGCCGCCGAUGAUGCCGGCGAAUGAGAUGUCGAUGGAUGCUGGACAUCAUAAUUACGGCCUGCAGCAGGAUCCGAUGGUGAUACAUGUUCAGCGGCCGCCCAACCGCCCCCCACCACCACCACCACCCCCAUCGAGACCACAGAUGCCUUGUCACGUGAGCGUGAGCGUGGCAGGGGCAACAGGUGCAAGUGAUGGAUUGCCCUCCCAGCAGCCCCAGCAUCAACACCUGCAUCAUCAUCUCCAUCACUAUCAUCACACACCGCCGAGAUUGCAUCACUUCAACCUCACGCCAGGGAUGCAUAUCAGUAUAGGACCUGGUAUGCCGCCUAUGCCAGAAUUCCCGCCGUUCCCGCCCCUGCCCGUCAUGGCGAACCUACCCAGGAAUAUGCAAAUCAGGAUGGGACGUAUGAUGUUGCAUAGGCCUACUUAUGAGGAACUUAUCAAUCUCGAAGAGCGUCUAGGAAAUGUGAAUCGGGGCGCGAAUCAGGCGACUAUUGAGAGAAAUACCUACCCACAUAAAUAUAAAAAGGUGAAACGUCCAGAGGAUAAUAUCGAAGAAGAUUUGGAAAAGUGCACGAUUUGUUUGUGCGAAUUUGAAGAGCCGGAAGAUGUCAGGCGUCUUCCCUGCAUGCAUCUGUUCCACGUCGAAUGCGUCGACCAAUGGCUGAUGACCAACAAGAAAUGCCCGAUCUGCCGAGUGGAUAUCGAGGCCGCAACGAAAGAGGGACCGUUUGAAUAAGGUCACCUCGUGAGGAGUGGUUUGUCGUAAGAGACUUAGAAUUGAGGCCGUGGGAAUGAAAGAGCAAGUCUGGGGUUGAAUACGACAAUAAAAAUGCCACCUAUUGUUUGUUGGUGGAACUAGAUUUAUUUAUACACAUACUGUGCUACUUAAAAGGCUGUCCGUUAUCAUCAACAUUUUGCUUUAGUGUGCAAUGGGUGCCACCAUUGUCCUUUAUCCCCCCCCCCCCCUCGACACACACAUACAAAUCUUACGCACAAAAUGAAAAAGCUUUUCUGUCAAAAUGUCAGGACUUGUUGUUAUUUCAAUGCAGAGGAUUGCUACGGUACCCUCUGUCUUUGUAAGCCUUGUUUUGUGAAUUUGACCUCUUGUGUGGUGUGGGUUUUUCCGGGAGAACCAUUUGCUCCUCUUCUGUCAUUGUAGACACGCGAUAGUGUUGAUGAAAACGGACAGCCCUGUUUUUCAGACUUGUCUGAAAAUGUCUGAAAAUGAGCUUUAUAUUCGAGGGCUCAAAAGUCCCUCAAUAUACUUUUAUUGCCCUUGUAAUGUUGCAGGGAAAUGUAGGAGAUAGAGUGUUCAGAGAGGAUUGGUUUAUCACCCUGGAGAGAGAGUUUUCCAACUUGCUGAGAAUCAGACGGGUCUCCCUACUCAGCGAGUUGGCCCUCCCUACCCUGAAAAAGGAGAAAGCUUUUCUAUGAGAGUUGUCAUGUACAAAAUCUCUAAGGUCCUUCCCAAGUUAGGUCAGCUAGUUAAGUUGGCAAGCCUGUCUUAAUAUACAUGAUUCUCAUCAAGUUGGAAAGCCUGGCUGAAUACUACAUGCGUUUCUCAUCAAGUUGGAAAGCCUGUCUUGAUACAUGCGUUUCUCAUCAAGUUGGAAAGCCUGGCUGAAUACUACAUGCGUUUCUCAUCAAGUUGGAAAGCCUGUCUUGAUACAUGCGUUUCUCAUCAAGUUGGAAAGCCUGGUUUAAUACACGUGAUUCUCACCAAGCUGGGAAGCUGAUUCUCCAGGGUGUUCAUUUCACUGUUUUAACCAAUUUAUUGAACACACUUUUAGCUUCCUUUCUUCUUGACUCUGCCAAUAUUUAAAAAAAAUUCUCUCUGCCGAUAACUUUGUCUUUUGAACGUAUUGUGAAUAUUUUUUGCAUCUUUUUAAAAACCAUUGCAUAUUUUCUUCAUUUUUCCGCUUAUCAUGUCUACAUGCAGAGGGAUGGAUGGCGUUGUAAAAAGAUACAAGUUUUGUAUCCAGAUCUCCGGCCAAAAAAUAUAGUCCUUCAUGAGGAAAAGAUAUGCUCCACUUUGGGUGGGAUUACUUGGAGUUUAUGUAUACAGUAGAACCUCUCUAUUAAGGACACCCUCGGGACUGACAAGUGCUGUCCUUAAUAGAGAGGUGUCCUGAUUGGAGAGGUCAAAUUGAAUUGAAACAACCAAUUUGGGACCGAAGCUAGUGUCCUUGAAAGAGAGGGUGUCCUUAAUAGAGAGGAUGUCCUUUAUAGAGGGGGUGUCUUUAAUAGAGAGAAUGUCCUUAAUAGAGAGGUGUCCACUAAGAGAGGUUCCACUGUAUUUGGUUUGCAAAGGAAAAUGUCGAUUUCCUCAACAUUUGUUUUGUAAAAUUGGGUUAAAACAUGAGAGAAAAAAUGCCCUUUUGGUCACACCAGUUCUUGUGAAAUAAAGGGUUAAGGAAUUCUCUGGGUACACAUUUUGAAGCCCUUCUCGUGUCUCCCUCUAUAGUCCAAAGUCCAUACUACAUUCUGCGGUCCGUGGAAACGAAGGAACGAUUAUUGAAAAUCACGAAAUAUUCUCAAAUCACGAUUCAGUCCUCUACAAAAAUAUUUUCUAUGAAACAAUGUACAUAUUCUAUUUAUAACCUAAAUAUUAUAAUGUAUUUUAACGCAUCAUGCUAAUUAUGUUAAUUUUUAUGACUCGUUGUCGGAAAUCGUGGUUUUAUGUAAAUUUGUGCUGUAAAGUUGGCGCUUUGUGCAUAUAACUUAUUAUUUUACGGUGAAUCGGCCGCCACGGUAAUACCCAACUUGCAAAAUACCCUGGUGGCCAUUUUGAAACAAUAUUUUCCUCGGGGUACAAUAGUCUCUCUCUGUGAGGUAAUAUGAUGUCUGGGAGAGGCUUCGUCCUGUGUCCGAGACAAGGUCUUCUCCGAGACAAGGUCUUCUUGAAUCAAUAGAGUUAUGUUAGCUACACUCCUUUAUUAUAUUUUAUUUUUGGUUGAAAAAUGACCAGAAGUGUCCAAAAUGACCCCCUUUCCAACA